GGAGCCAGACCCGUUUGACGAGCCGGGCUGUUUUUAAAGAUGAGCGUUAGUAUUCCUGCUUCAUUCCUCGUUCCUCCGCUGAAACCGUCCGCGGUGCGCAUGGGACGCGCAACUCGAUCAGAAGAGAAAGACGCACCGAAUUGGAACAGGUCGAUUUAAGUUUUAAAUAGCUUUUAUUUUUAAAUUACAGCUGUCUCCUCACUGGACACAGAAUGAGAGGCUGGUGAAGAGAAUUAACCCGCUCGAUUCGAAGUUUUUUGUCGAAACACGCAAUGGAUCAGGAGGACACACUGGACUUUAAGGCCCUAAGGGCCAAGUUCCAGGAGGAGGAACUCCUCCUGAAGCAACCCAGGAUCAAACCUGCUCUCCCACAAAAACCAAAGGUCGUCCCUCCUCCCCAGAGCCCUCCUCAUUACCUCCCUGUAGGAGCACGGCCCUCACUGCUCACCUCCAUCAACCAAACCUUGGAAGGAAAGAGCACAUUUGGACCUAGAGUGGUCUUCAAGGAUGAGAAGAAGGAGAGCAAAAAGCCCCUCAUCCAGACCAACUCUAAGGGAAAAGACAAGAGUGAAGGGAAACUGAAAUUUGGGAAAGACAAGACAACAAAAGGAAGCAAAGAGAAGCUGGAUGAAAACUCACUGGAGCAGAAGCUGAAGAAAGAGAACGGUAAGAAGCUACCGCUGUUCCUCCCUAUAGGACAGAAGGAGAGUACAGCAGAGCUGGUGCCAGCAACACCUCCACCUAAAGUCACAACACCAAAGAAAAAGGGUCUCCUUGGCUUCAGAAAGUCCUCAAAAAGAGACUCAGUGGAGAUUCCAGCUGAUCCGAUCCUGGACACCCCAAGUGUCGAAGAUCUUGGACCAGCUCCACUCAUCCCAGUGCCUUCUGACUUUGGUGAUUCCCCACUAGAGCCUGAAAUCUCAGUACCAAACCUGCUUCUACCAGACAACCCCUCCUUACCUGACCUCAGUGCUGUCAUGGAAGUUACUCCACCCACCACUAUCCCUGAAUCUCCCAUCUUCACCCUGCCUCCUGCCGUCAUUCCUGAUAUCCCAGCACCUGAAGUCCCAUCCCCAGUGAGUGAAACCCUGCUUGAGUUUGAAAAUCCUGCCUUGCCUGUUUCUAGACCGGCCAGCCAGAAUGAAAUUAUACCCAGUCCACCUAAUGCUACCCCCACCCCUCCACCUACUUUCACAAUCCUGGACCCCCUACCAGUGGUCUCUGCUCCGUCUCUGUCACCUCCUGAGCCUGAGAUUGCAGCUGAGGCCAACAUAGAGGCUGUAAAUGUGGCAGCAGUGGAGACGCCUCCUGCUCCACCUGUCAACCCUCCAUCUAACCCACCAUCUCCCAAAGAUGAACGUCCGAUCUCUGCGCUCUCUGCCUUGGAGAGGGCAGAGGACAUGAGCCCGGGAAAAAGAACACCUCCGGGUGACCAGAGGAUUUUAAACGCUCUGGAGAAGGCACGCAGGAAGAGCGCCAGCCCCUUGACAAACCCCACCCAAUCCUACUCCAUCACCCCUCCACCUGAGGAGCUGCCCCCUCUUCAGAUCAGACCAGCCCUUCCAGAGCUUCCACCCAUUGAUUAUGAAGCAGGAAACGCCCUCCCACCGAAACCAGCACAAGUCAACGGCAUCGACCACCCCUCUUCGGUGUUAGAAGGCAUCACCGAGGAGGGGUCAGAUGCCAUUCCAGAGCUGCUAGUAGUUCCCCCUCCUCCGCCCAGGAAGGUUCUUCCAGACAUCAGGUCUUUGGGUCCUGCUCCGGAGAAGCCUGCCACACCUCCUGAUGUCAACCUGAGUAAAUACAUUCCUCCUGUGGCAGAUAAUGAGGUCCAAGCUACUCCUGAAUUCUUAGAGAUCAACACAGAGUUUGACGAUGUUGCUUCAGACGCUCAUUCUCCAGAGCUGCCGGCAACAGAAUGGGCCGAUAACGAGUACCUUAGUCCAGAUUUUCCAGAUGGGCACAACAUGCCAGAGUAUUACAGUAACGGGAUAACUGUUCCAGAAACGGAGAUCCACGCAGAGCCGGGAGUCGGAGAGGAGCUCCAAGAUAAUCCAGCACCAGAACCUUCCCUCCCCAUCUCUCAAGACUCCACUCCAGUGGCAGAGGGUCAAGAUGGCGCAGGUGUCUAUGAGAACACAGAUAAUGCGUAUGAGGACAUCAGCACAUCUGCGGGCAAAAAGAAGGGAAAAACUGACGGUGGAAAGAAACGCAAAGGACCCCCAAAGAAUCCGUAUGCUGAGGCAGCACAGGAGACAAAUCAGGAGAAAAGCAAGACGGGCAGGUUUGGCAAGAGCGACAAGAAAGCCGCCGCUGAAGGGCCGGACGAAAAGGAGCUGAAGAAGAAGGAGAAGCAGCGGCUGGAAAAGGAGAAGAAGGAGCUGAAAGAGAAGCAAGAACGGGAAAAGAAGGAGCAGAAGGAGAGGGAGAAGAAGGAGAACGAGCUGAAGAAGAAAUUCAAAAUCACAGGACAGGAGGAUGCCAUGUACAAUGCAAAAGUAACUGUAACAACAAAAGGACGCAAGAACGAUCUGCCCGUCAAGAGCGGAGACAUGGUCAGCAUCAUCCGAACGACCAACUGCCCCAAAGGGAAGUGGCUGGCCAGGGACAGCAGCGACAACUAUGGAUACGUUGCCGUGGAUCACGUCGAGCUGGACAUCAAGGAGAUGCUGGAGCUGGGAAAGAAAGCUGCUCGCAAGCCCGGCAACAAUAUAACUGAACCAGAGGAUACCAUCACAGACAGCAGGGCCUCAUACCACUAUCCACUGUCAGCAGAAAGCUUCUCAGAUGACAGUGAGGAGUGGACCGCUGAUGAUGAUGAACAUCUCUCUCCUGCCCCUGACACUGCAGACCCACUGGCUGCAAUGGGUCACACCAGGACACUCUCCAUGCCAGAUAUGGGAAACAAAGACCUUAGCAUAAAUCACCAGCACAGUCAGAGUGACAUCAGCGCCGAAGGCUCUCAUAUGCAAGCAAGACAUGAAGCACUUCAGAAGUUGGCGACAUUUUUUCAUUCACCAAAACCUGCAGAGCCGAUUGCCAGCGGCACCAAACCAGGGACAAGUCCUGCGCUCGUGACAGAAGCAGCAGUUAAUGCGCCUGAGGCUAGUUCAACACAGGAUAUGGAUUUUGAAUCCCCUGAAAUGCUUAUUUUACCUCCUCCUGACAUCUUUGCUGACUUCACGGCGGAGUGACCAGAAUACGACAAGCCGAACGCCCACACAGGUUUGUCUGUGAUGUUAUUCUUCACACUGUGACCCGUGUCAGUCACCUACCACUGUAAGAACAACUUCAUCUUCUUCUGCCUUCUCAUUUGCCUGAUGACUGCAUUUAUGGAUCAGUAUCAGUACGAUGGUUUACAGCAUCGAGCGACAUACCAUCUGGAAUUUUUUUUUCUGUUCUUUGAAGCACUCGGUGUGAAACCACUGAGGGACAGUUUAGCUAGUGGUUCUGAGUGACUUUGAAACUUUGGAUCAAGGUGAGCUGCUGAUCCCAGGAAAGGACUUAUAAACCGUUACACAGGCUUUGACCCUGGAGGGUCUUGUGGAGAAAAUUGCAUAUUUUGUGUGCAAAUGCAAGAAAAGAAAGUAUAUUUUAAGUGGUUUGAAUAAGUAGGGGAUUUUUUUUCCUGAGGAUACAUGGAGGACACAUGCAGCUGGGUUAACACGUAAGAAUCAUUUAUCGUGCACAGUCUUUCUUCCAUCAGGUUGUUCCUUAAAAUCUCAGUGCAAAGAACCAAAUAAGUGUCUGAACAUUUAUCUUAAAUCUACACACAACAGUUUCAAAAGUUGAAUGAGUUUUAUCAGUUCAGUGUUUUUUUUUGUUGUUUUUUUUUUUUUAGCAAACAACAAAAUAGAAAUUUUGCCAUUAAGCUUACAAAAGAAGUUUUUAGGUUUAGUUAUCAGCAAUAAUUAAAAAAAAAAAAAAACAUCUCUUCAUGUGCAUUUACACAAAUGAGAUCAACAGUUUUUAAGACCACCUUCAACAGUAAUCACAUAAAGGUCAGUUUUUUCCUUAA